CACAUAAAUAGGCGACCGUGCCGAGUCUUUGGGCCAAAGAGUCCUAGCACGGUGUCGGCGAACGGAAUAUUAACGGUCGAACUGGACGAUCGUUUCGACAACAUACAAUAUAAAACGACAAUAAUAGAAUUAUUUGGAAAAUGACGCGAUUUGAAGGCCGCACGGGUGUUUGUUGCUUGUCGAUAGCGUGUCUGUUGUUGCAAGUACGUAAUAUUUUAAUACAAUUUAUUAAUUCCGCAUAGCCGCGGACACUUCCGAAUACUGUCUAUCGACAACCAUUGUGCGGUUCGGACGCACUAACGGGUGUUCCGUUCGAACGCUUUUUAUUCGGCGAACCUGACUGCAGUUGUUCUGUCUAACGGACGGUUCGAAUGCCGAUCGACAAUCGAAUAGUUUGACGGUGUAAUGUAACGACUAUUGUUCGGUCGUGUACGUCGCUAAAUCGUUUUCUCUGUCUGUAGUAUUAUUAAGAAUGUCUUCUUCUUCUUCUUCUUCCGCUUCCACGUCCCAACUAUUUACAAUCGACCGCCCUCGUUCUAAACUUCCGCUCGACCCGCCGAUCUCCCACCUCGCAUACACUCGCUGUACAGUCCUUACGAGGACUUAUGAGGACGUACGCGUCCUCAAUCACAUCCGACUAUCUCUUUUCGGUCACUUUUUUUCUCCUACGUUUAUUUUCAUCGCGACUUUUACAGCUUCAGAUUCUUCCCUUGCAUGCCAAAACCAUCUCCAUUGAAUGUACACCUACACAAUGCCUAUUAUAAGUUGAACGUCUUGUUUACACGUGCAAUAUACUGUCGACUGAUUGAAUUUAGAGACUGUUGAUUGUUAUUGGCGUGCGCACAAAGCAAAAAUUUAAAAUCCGCGAAUAUCAUAUAGACCAUGUACACUGAUUUUGAUGUUUUGGCUUGAACGUAACCAAGGUACACCUACCCGUUUGGUGUAUUAAAUGUUUUCAUUUGCGGCUGAAUACGACGUUUUACACUGAAAAACUAGACAAAACUGUAGGAAUCGUUUUUGAAGGAUUUCAAUUUCAAAAACGUAUUAAAAUUCUCUAGGUUGUUUUCUGGGUUACAUUGGAUUUGUAUUUUAGAUUCUGAAUGGAGCAAAGAAGCUUAUGGUUUUACAAAGUUGUUUAUUUUUUUUUUUAUCUGUGCGCAAUUUUUCUACCAAAAAUCUUAAUCCGAAUUUUUAAGUGUAGCUUUUCUCAUCAACUUUGAAAAACGGGAAUAUAAAAGAAAUGUAGGUAUUAGUUGAAAUGCAUUACAGUCUUCUUUAUUCCUGUCAACCAUUUUUCUAUCAGCAAUAUUUCUCCAAUUUAUAAUGAUAGCAAUUAUUUUAAAUGUAAAUUUGAUUGGGGAGGUACUUCAGUGAGGUUAUUUUUUGAUUUACUUAAAAAUUUUCCCAGCAAACGUAAAAAACCGAAAAAAACACGAGAAAACCCGGAAAAUCGGUGCAACAUCAAAUAAAUAUUAUUAAAGAAAAUAUAUAAAGCCUAUUUAAUUAUUUUACUAUAAUAUGAUAUAUAUUAUUGACAAAGCAAUGGUAUAUUGUCGCUUGCAUGUAUACAUUAAAUUACCUAUAGCAGUGGCUGCACUCGUCCCUAUUAUCCUACGCACGUGUUCUUAACUUAUACGCUUGUAAUUUUAAUUUUUAAUAAAAGACAAAAUUAUGUCGGUACAAUUUUGAACAUUUUCCAGAAAUAUAAUGGAAUUGUUUACAACAUUUCCGAUAUAGUAAUUAGUUUGUUAUUUUCAACAUAUCCCGGUAAAGAACCUGCAAAGAAUAAUUAUAAUUCUUAUAAUCUAUUGUCCGUUUUCAAAAUUGAAAUCCGUCCAGCAGAAUGCCGAUGGUUUUGUCUAGCAUUUAGAUCUAAAUAAUCGUCUCAAAUAUACACAGUCAUCACAUCUCAAUCCCUUUUGAAAUUAUUCUAAUCUUUUAUUUUUAUUCUAAACUACAUUCUUAUCGGUACUUCGUGAAACCCAAUAAUUAUAUACGUAGGUAUGGAAUAUUAUCUACAUUUUAAUUAUGUUAUUCACUUCGUUUGUUUCGCGACACUCAAAAAUUGUAAACAAAUCGAAAAAUAGAGCGAUAUUUCUUUCAGAACAAAUCUAUUGUUAGACACGCGUAAUUACUUUUGAAUUUUAUUGACUAGGCACAUAUUACAGAGUCUUCAAAUCUUUGUUAUUGAGAAGAACUCGUUCAGAACUACUGACGAGUAAAUAAUUUCAGUCGGCGUGAUUUUGAAAAUAUUAUAGUCAAACAUAAUAAGCGCAAACCGAUAAUAUGUUGUUUAUUUGUACUACUAUUGAGAACAAUAAUCAUAACUUAAGAUUAUUGUUUUUUUUUUUUUUUAAUAAUACGGUAUCUUAUGAUUCACAAAAUAUCGCAAAGUAUUUCAGUAAAAUCUUAAUUACUAAUAACAUUCAGUAAUCAUUGUGUAAACAUAAUUAUUCUUUUCCUACAUUAAAAUCUACAAUAAUAAACCCUAUACUGAAUAUUGGUUUGAACUUUUUAUAUUUUGUAAUACAAAUUUAUCAACUUUAAUCAAUUUGAUAAAGUAGCUAAGACAAUCCAGACAAAAAUGUAGGUAUUUAUUACAGCAGUUCGAUAUUUUAAAUAAUUUUACCUUGCAUCGGUCGGAGCAUUUUUUCAAUUUUAUCAAAUUGUUUACGAAGAUAAAACAUUAGAAAUUUUGUAUAAAUCUGUCAAAUAAAUAAAUACAUAUUAAUAUGAAAAAUAUGUUCCGACCGAUGUAAAGUAAACUUGUCUAUAAACUAAUACAUCUUUACGUUUUUUAAAAUCAAAUCACAGGAAGCACCUAAAUUUUUGUCGGGUGUUUGGGUCUUUUUAACGGACAUUUAAUGGUGAGUGCAAUCUUCUCAAUCCAAAAUAUAUCCUUCUGUAUAAUUUGUAUGGGUUUAUAAAAAAAAACGACGUAAAACUAUUUUUUUUUUUUUUUUUUUUUUAGUAUUUUCGAGUUUAUUUCCGUUAUAACAAAUGCAAUUAUUUUGUACGGCCGCAAUCGGUGCGUGAACAUUUUUUUGAAAAGAUUUCGCGAUUGUGUAAAUAUAAACCGGAAAUUUCGAUACUAUUGUAACCAGUGACUAUUUUCCUUAAAAAUAUUAGAAAUUUAAAAAAAAAAAACCCCCCUGCGUGGCCUCUAUUCGGAUGGGUCGCUACCCACCGGCAUCGGGCGUGGCCCGUUAAUCUCUAAUAGAAGGACACCACUAACGCCGAACGUUAUUUUUGCACUCAGGUCGGCAGUGGCGUAGCGGGGCCUACCACGGACGCAACGGCGACCAAGCCCUCGACGACAGCCGGUGUCGAGUCCAUGGCGGAAACGAUAAUGGUCGACCUGAGCAGCGAGGCCGAGGCGGCAGCAAACAGGGUCAAGUCGGCAUUCGGCGAAACGUCGACCACGCUCAACAGCAUCAUGGACCUGACCACCGACAGCCUGUCGGGCUUGAUCAAGAACACGGGCACGACGGCCUUGGACUUUUCUUCGGAGACCUCCAAAUCGCUCGAGGAAAUCAUCAAAGCCGGCGGUCGGGUCACGCUGGCCAUCGGCAACCUGUGUAACGAACUGUUCGGGGGCGUCAGCGCCGGCCUGGCCACCGGUACCGAUUUACUGGCCAUGGGUACCAACAACUUGGACAGUUUCCUGGGCGGCGUGCCCGUCGUUGGCGUGGUGACGGGCGGUCUGAACGGCCUGAUGUCCGGCGUGUCCACCACAGUGAACCAGAUGUCUAAUACCGGGCGCGAGAGCCGACAGCAGUUAAUGAAGAAACUCCGCUCCGGGAUCAACCAAAGCUACCUAGACACGAACUCCGUCGCAAACAGCGUCACAAACGGCGCCACAAACGUGGAUACGACCGCGGCCGCUGGAUCCGUCAAAGCCACGGUGAACGUUUGAAACCACGAUGUCAAAAUGGUCUUAUAUUUGUCAAUGUACAGUUAAACAAAAAUCAUCCGUAUCGCUCUACACUAAACUUUACUCGCUCGCAUUGACGUAUCAAAUCAUCGUUUUGGACAAGAAAAGAAAAAACCUUAUCCAUAAUUCCUUCGGCAUUGUAUGCAUUGUUAUACGGUUAAUGUACGGCGUUCAAGUUUGACAAUGAAAACCUCGAUUGCUGUAUUAGAUAAAUAAUAAUACGAUUAAUCCGAUUCGACUAUCCGAGUAAAAUACCAAAAAAAAAAAAAAAAUUACACAUUACAAUAACAAUAUCCUACGAGUAAUAUUUUAUGAUAACUAGCACUUGUGGAUAUAUAACCGUGUAUUUGACUAAGUGAAUACCGAGAGAGAAAAAAAAAAAAAACAUCCGUUGAAAAACAGACGCAAAUUAUUCGCGUUGUAUAUUGACACGAUUUAUUAUUUUUAAAACUCACCUGUACGAAUUAAUACGCCUAAACUGUUUCGAAUUGUAUUUUUCGUUUAUAAGGUUUUUUUUGUAUUAUUAUUAUUAUUAUAAAUCUGUACGACCAAUAUAAUACGUAUCUUGACAAAUUUCUG